AUGCCAUUAUUGCGCGAAACACUGUGCCACUUGAGAGAACGGGAAAUAAAGCCCCAAUACGGCGUGUUUACAUCGUCAAAGAAAUGCCAGAGUUGGCUCGCUGAAUUGAACACUUCUUUUACGCCGUCACAAUUUUUGUGCGUUCCGCUUGCGCUCUACCGUCUUUUCAAAGGUGUCAGACUAGUGCUGCGAACCAUAUUGGUAGAUGGCUCAAUGAACACAAUCAACUCCAUGUUUUUAUUAUCUCUACGUACUUGCCUUAAAGUGUGGCGUCAAAUUUUGACGUCAAUGAGUGACACCACUGACUUGCCGUAUCGCAAGCGUGUGGUAGACCAAUUGAGCGGAGGCCGUUUCCAUUAA